UCUGUACACAAUGAUAUUAUACAUUAUAGAAAUAAUUGAAAUAAAUUGUAUUGUAUUAUUUUAGGGAUCAAGCCGUUCGCUUGCCCUCACGAGGGUUGUGAAGCCCGUUACACCAUAAGAUCCGAUCUAAAGGAUCAUAUUUGUAAAGUGCACACAAGGGAAAGACCUUUCAAAUGUAACGUGUGCAAUAAACGUUUUCUAACUGGAUCUGUCUAUUACCAACAUCGAAUGAUUCACACCAAUGAUAGACGGUAUAUUUGUGAUGCAUGUGGUAAAAAAUUCCUUAGAGCGGAUGCUCUGAAUAACCACAAACGGAUCCACGCUGAUGAAAGACCUUAUCCGUGCAAUAUUUGCGAAAAAUAUUUUAGACAAAAAGGUGACAGAGACAAACAUGUGCGUACGCAGCAUGCAAAUGCACACAUUGAGCCUAACUAAUUGUCUUCAUUGUUAUUAUUAAUUUCAAUUUCUGAUUCAUUUGUUAACUAUUCCAACUUUUCAAAUCAACCACAUCAUGUUCUAGGUAGGAUGACUUUUGCGUUUUCAAUCCGUUGGAUGAAUUCUUCUUACAAGCACCUAUUUUAUAUUUAAUUCUUUCAUAGCAAAGUUCUGUGGAGCAAACAACCCCAGUAGCACAACAAUAUUGGUAAAAUAUUAUAUAUUUACAUAUUGGCCCAAGGAUGGAAACGACAGAUUUUUUUUUUUGCCCAAUAUAUAUUUUAAAUAUGAAUCCGAUAAUGAAGAAAAAUAUUGUCCAAAUAUUGCGAAUUAAUAAAUAUGUAAUAUUGCUUUUAGAAAUAUGUAUAACCAAUAUUUGUUUUUCAGAUUGACACAAUGUAUACUUCUUAUAUGAAUCCGAUAUUGAAUAUAA